AUAAUAUUAAUAUUUUGCCAUUGAACAUGAUGAAUACAGCUGAACAAUUUCUGGUUAGACAGUUCUAAUAAAGAAUGAAGGAUGUGCUAGUCAUGACUCCUCCCUUUGCAUCAAAAUUGCAGCUAUAGCAAAAAAAGUAUAAUUUACUAAGCUUUAAAUCUGGAAAUUAAAUUUCACAUUUAGCUUUCAUUGGACACAUAUUUUGAUUAUAUUUAUACAGCCCUCCCUUAAUUAUAAAGAUUAACUACAUGUAUCAGUGGACCAUACAUGAUAUUUAAGAGAUUGAAUUUUAGUUCAGAACCAUAAUUCGAGAAAUUCUCCCUAAAACACAGUUGUAACAAAAAUUUGUACCUGUUUAUUAUUUGCAUCACUGUCUUGAUAUGUCGUCUGGAAGCUUUGCUAGUCUUUCAAGUUCUGAAGAUGAUGAUAUUCCUCAUAGUAAAAUCAUUAAUACCAGUACUUCCAGUUUCCAUCUCCAAAUGGAGAACUCAGACUCGGGGUCGGAUGACGGUUCGAAAACAGUGGAUAUAGGUACAUCUAUACAAGAAAAGGGUCCUUCUGAAAGUCCUCUCCGAAAGAAGCAAAGGAAUGCUGUGUUGGCGCCUCUAGAUUUGUCAGCCCCUUCAGAACAGUUUAUGCCUGGAGCAUGCGGUGGACCAGCAGAUAUGGACACACCAAUUUCGAUUCGACGAAGAUUAACUUCAACACCUAACGCCUUUCACACCAGCGCUGCACACAAUAAUGUCAACAUUGAGUCAGUUAAUGAGCUAAUGAAGAGAAUGAUGGAUGCUCAAACUGAGAUUUUGAUGAAGACAUUGACAGAUCAAGGGGAAAAAAUUGAAGAAUUACAUCACUUGUUACAGAGGAUAGAUUUACAUGCAGGAGCUCAGAAAAAAGGAAAAAUAAGAGCUGUCCAUGUUCCUGCUCAUAUUAAGCAAGCUGUUCGUGAUGCUUACAGGCAUAGCACUACAGAAAAAAAUUUAAUCUGGACAUGUAAAACAGCAGCUGGUUCUAUUUUGAAGUAUUCUGCAGAGGUAAAUAAAGAGAUGUCUGAGGCUAUAUGUCUUUAUGUCAAAGGACAAUUUUCAACAACAGAAGAAGGUGUUAUUAAGACUGGUAUUGAGACAUAUUUCAAUACCAUAAAACAAAGGAGACAAAUGGAGGAGGAUGGAAAAAAGGCCUCACACAACAGAAAAAUGGUUUUGUAUGGGAGAAAGAACAGGAAGCUUCAAAAUAGAGUUAAGGCCCUUCAAGCAAAGAAACUACCAGUGCCUGAAGAGGAAAAACUAAUGAAGGCCAUAAAAAUUGAUUUCAUGUCGAGUGAGGACAGUGAUUCUGAAGAUGAAACGCGCCUUAUUACAAGACCUCUGCCAUGGCUGUCGAAAGAUUUUAAAUCUUACAUGGAUAAACUUGACAGUAAAUACCAGAGACAGCUCAAUGCACAAGGCAAAAAGUUAAGAUCUAAGAGAGUUGUUGGCAGGCCAUCAGAGAGGCCUUGUCCCAAUAAAUCCCAAGACCUGUCAUGGGUUUUUGCUUAAGGGCAUAACCUACAUAUUUUUUUGAUUAUUUUUCUUUUGUUUUUUCUGUUUAAUUAAAUGCUGAAUGAUAAUUUGAGUGUCUCUGGUAUUUGCUGUCUUAGAUUUUCCAUCUAAGAUUUCACCACAUUAUUUAUAUAUUUUGGUCAAUGGGAGAUAACUUUGUAUAUUUAACAGUUUACCAAUUGUUAUCUCUUUUUAACAUGUUUGAAAAUUAAUGAACAAUUAAUCUUAAAAGAAAUAUUAUUUUCACUCAAUUGUCCAAGUACAUUUAAUAUUUGAUAGUCAUGUGCAUGAAAUUUCAUAAUUUAGUUGAUAAAAAAUAUUUGUGUGCUAUUUAAUUCAAUUAUACAUAUCAUAAAAUGUCUUUUUUUACUUUUAUCAUAUGUAUUCAUUUGGGGUGAGAUCCUAUAAAAUUUAAAUUAAUGUCUGAGCAGCACAUUGGUUUGAAAUUAGCAGCUAUGUUAUGUUUGCUGUUUUAUUUUUUGCUAUUUGAUGUGUUUGGUUUAUUUUUAGAUUGAAAAUAUUGCAAGCAAGGGAGGUUAUUCAUAAAUAUUCUUAUGAUACCAAACUUUGAAAAUGCUUAUGUUUGCUGUUUGUUAUAACCCUUUUGCAAUGAUUUUUAAACAAGUAAUCAUGUUAAUUUGCCAUAUACCAUUAUUUUGUUGACUAGUUUGAAUUUGAUGUAUAUCUUUACUUAUUUCAAAAAAGUGUUUUUUGUAUAUGUUUACAUAGUAAAAUUAUAGUUAUUGAUAUUACGAAAAUUUUGACAGUUGGAUGUUUUUUCUUGGAUAUUAAUGACAUUUGCCUUGUUACAAAACCUCUGACUAGGCUGUCGAAAGAUUCUAAAUCUUGCAUGGAUAAACUUGGCAGUAAAUACCAGGGACAGCUAAAUGCACAGUGCAAAAAGUUGAGGUCUAAGAAAGCCUUGUCUAAAUAAAUCUCCAGAACUUGCAUUUAAUUGAGUUUGCUUAAGGGCAUAUGACAAAAAAAUAAUCCUUCAAUUUUGAAUAGGGCCAAAUAAAAAGUACACUUUUGGAAUUAGCAAAGAAGAAAAUGACUUCAUGAUUUACUUUUGAAUUAUAGUUUAUAAAGAUUACCAGUAGAUCAGCCUAAGGAAAACCUUUGAAAAUAAGUCAGACAGAAUAUUUUGAUUUCUUGAACUUAACUUGAAGAUUUUUUUAACUAUACAAGAUAAAUAAUUGCUUUCUGAUUUCAACAUUUGAUUUUUACUAUAAAAAUCAUUUACAGGUGCAA